CCAACUGGACUAGCUCUUGAUCUGCUAACCUGGAGAAUUUACUGGUCUGAUGAUAAAUUUCACUGCAUUGGGUCAGCUACUCUGCACGGUACAGACAUUAAGUUGAUUCGGCUGAAGAAAAUUCAAAACCCUUUCUCCUUGACUGUGUUUGAAGAUGAGAUUUACUGGUCUGAAAUCACUUCCAGAACUGUCCAGAAAACUGACAAGUAUUCAGGGAAAAAAGGGUCUAUUCUUGUGAAACGUCAUGGCCAACCAUUUGGACUUAAGGUGAUGCAUGAAGUGUUGCAACCAAGAGUGGAGAACCCAUGUCUCAAAAGGAGAUGUUCUCACAUAUGUCUUAUUGGUCCUGAUUUAAAAGGAAGCUGUUGGUGCCCAAAGGAACUUAUGCUUGCAACUGACAAAUUAAAUUGCAUCAGUUUUAAAGAUUCUUCAUUUUUGCUUAUUGCGUUCCCAACUAUGGUUACCAAGAUGUUCUUGUCGAAGUUGCCCUAUAGUGCUAUUGCUGAUAUUACAAAGACCAAGUUAAUAAGUCUGACCAAUGUGAAACCGAUUUCAUCUAUUGACUGCAUCGUUCAAAAUAUGUCUCUAUUCUUCGCUGUUGAAAGUGGUGGCUUUAUAGCAAAAUCAAAAUUUAAAGAAAAUAGCUUGAAGGACUGGAAAAAAAUUGUGCCAGUAGAAGACAGCGUGACUUCUGUUGCAGUGGAUUGGAUAACCGGCAAUAUCUUCUGGAUUAGUACUGCAAAGCCCCAGAUUCAAGUUGCCACCUCUGAUGGCCUCUAUAAAACCAUACUAAUUGGUGAUGGUCUUUAUAAUCCACUCUGUAUUGCCAUUCAUCCCCCGACUGGGGUCCUGUUCUUCUCCAAAAAUUGA